GGCUGGAGAGCGGCGACUUGGGAGAAGGGAGAGGGGGAGAGGUUAUAAAAGGCGACGGGAGCGGCCGCCAUUUUGUGUGGGGCCGGGGACGCGGCGGGGCGGGACGUGACGGUACCGAGCGGCGGGUCGGCUGUGACUUCUCCCCUUGGAGUUUAGUGCCGAGAAGCUGAUGUUGGCUUCGGCUGCCUGGCUGAAUACGGCGGAUCGGCCCAUGAAAACCUGCGCCCGGAGCCAAAGGAAGGAGAGCAGCGAAAGGCAGCACCUGCUAUUGCAGGCUUGGAAGCAAGAAAGGGGGCGAGGAUUGGAGAGCGUGGAGUCGGAAACGGCCACUGAGAGGUGACAUUUAACUUGAAAAUGGGUGGCGGAGAGAGGUUCAGCAUUCCAGUUCCCCAGUCUAGAAAUAUUACCAAGAACCAUCAACAACUUAAAAACAGGCAGAAGAAUAAAGACCAGAAUUCACAGAUGAAGAAAACCUGUAUGAAGAAAGAAAGAGGACAUGGAUGCAACUCCUUGUCUGGUGCAUGGCAGGCCAUGCAGAAGGCAGGAAAGAACAACAUUCAUUUCCCCUGUAAUCAAAAUUGGAGUCCUGAUCUGUCAAACCGUAACCUAUUUUUCUCACCUCAGACCAAUCAGAACUAUGCAGGAGCAAAGUUUAGUGAACCACCCUCACCAAGUGUUCUUCCCAAGCCACCAAGCCACUGGGUGCCUGUUUCUUUUAAACCUUCUGAUAAAGAAAUAAUGACAUUUCAGCUUAAAACAUUGCUAAAAGUCCAGGCUUGAGAUGGAACUUUAAAUGAUAAAAGAUUUAUCAAUUAGUUAUUUGAAUUUACAGGCUCCAACUUUGAGACUAGCUAUUCAGAAGUGCAGAUGCACGGGUAACAGGACUAAAUGUUCUUGCUGCAUGUAGUUGGAAGAGAAGGAGGCAGGUAGGGACGCUUACAUUCCCAAUGUUUUACCUCAAAAGUUGUGUGCUUUCUUGAUUUUGCUAUUACAUUAAUUUGAUUAAAUCCUAGACUGUCACCAUUUACUGUAAGAGUUAAUGGGACUGUCCCUAAAAAUUGGAAUUGAGAGUCCUUGUUAAUGGCAUUGGAAGGCCAACUUUUGCUGAACUUGAUGCAGCAUUAACUGGAAAAAACAAACACUCUGCAAGCUUUAAUGAGGUGCUCUGCCUUUGCCUUUUCACCUUUUAUCAGAUUUUCUAGUUAAAACUCUUCUGAGCAGCAAUUCCUAGUGAAAAUGCAAAGAGGAUUUGUUUUUUUUCAGACCUUUGAGAUCUGACACUCAAGCUUGUGACUAAAAUUUAGUUUUAAGAAACAUUUCUACAUGUUCUUGAAAAAAGGUGGAAGAACACAGUAAAGAAGUCUGUAUCUCCAGCUCCAGCAGUAUUUCAUUGCAACCUCAACAAAUUAGACUGCCAGUUAAUGACACGUUUUGCAUUGCCAGGUGACUGCCAGAAAUUCCCCAAAUUCUUUGUAUUCUGAUGCACUGAUAAGUUCUAAAUUCUUUUUUUUUUCCUGUUUUGUAUAAUUUUGUAAUUGUGAGAAAGCUGGAGAGUAGUUACUUAUAACUUUAAAUUGGUUACUCUACAAUUACUUUAAGUUACAGUAUCUUAUGUAGGUAUAUGAUGUUUUCAUAGGGAAAAGAGAGCCAUGUAAAUAAGUGUAAUACUUUGUAGCAUAUGUAAAUUUAUGCUGGACUUUCCUGCAUAGAGGUAUUUUUAGAACAAAAGUGGUAAAUGGAAGGUGGCCAUGCUGAGUACGUGGCCUGAUCUAAAAGAAAAGAAUUAUUUUGUUAAACACAAAAGGACAUUUAUAGAUGUAGCCUUGGACUUAAUAUACAGUGAAUGUGUACAUUUUAUGUGGUCAUGGGAUGAUUUUUAAAUAAAUGCAGUGCAAAAGAUAAUUAUUUAGAAUUUUGUAGUGAAAUCUUGAAGAGUGCUUAAGUUUAAGAUACUUCUGCUCUGGAUGUCGUGCUGAUAAUCACCUUGGAUGUAUCGCAACACCAAGAACAGAGUCUGAUGACACUGAAGUAUUGUUAAAAUGUUUGUUUCUAAAAUGAAUCAAUGCUACGUUUUGUCCCAUAUUUACUAAAAUUUGCGGAGCUCAGCAAUCGGGGCAGUUGUCAACAUGUUGAUUUCUGUGCUGUCACAGUUCAGCUGCUCCUGUAGCAUAAACAACUGGACUGUAAUAGUUAGUCUGAAGUUAUGCAAAAAUCCAGUAACUGAAAAAGUGGUUUAACUUGAAAGGGAAUUUUGCUGAUUUAUGGAAUGUGACUUUAAAUGUUUUUCUGUGCAUUCAAAUGCAGUGGUAGCUGGUUGAAUGCUAAUGUGAUGGAAUUGGCUGUCUUUAAACUCAAGUCUUUUUGAUCUGGACCUUUCCCAGUGUAAGAGCUGUACCCCAGUUAUAAUUGUGUGUACUCUUUUCAAAUUGUCAUUUACUGCAUGUGUGCAAAUUGGAAGUGAAAAAAAAAAUAAACUAAACUUCCCCUUCCUCCCCUCCCCCCAAACGUUUUAUUUUAAGAUGGUAGUGGAAAAGUGGGAUGGCAUCCUUUGUAUGGAGUUCUAUAAAGUAGUGACAUUUUCAAAUACCAA